GGAUAUUUUAUGGAUAAUUUUUUUAUUUGUUUGCUAUUAAGGCAUUAUGUGCUGUUUUGUUUUGUUGUGUGCCUUCAAGUUGUUGUCAAAUUAUAAUAAUAAAUAAUACACUUUAUUUCUACUCCACCACCAUCUGCGCCAGUCUGUGGCACAGCUGGUUAGUAGCCAGCUGCAAUAAAUCUACUGACUGAGAGGUCAUGAGUCUGAAACCAGCCCCGGUCAGAUUGAGCACCCGACCAUUAAGUAGCCUAGCUCAUUGUUUACCUAAGCAACCCAAAAGACAGUUGCAUCUGUUAAGUAGGAAAAUUUAGGGACCACCUAUGUGGGGAGGCUAAUUUAAAUAAUUAACGUCACCAUAAAAAUGUCCAGCAGCGUGCGUGUGGAAAAAUAAGGAAGUACUCCAUCAAGGACUCAGUGUCACAGUGGAUGAUGAAGCAGCAGCUCCACCUGUGGCUGGAAUCGAGCAUACCCUCAUGAAGCCGGAAGCUGGAAAAUGUUAAAUAGCUUCUGUGCCUCUGUAUGUUGUAUGUCUAAUGCCAUUGAAUGUUUGUCAUGUCUAUGUACAUUGUGAUCUGCCCUGAGUCCCCUUUGGGGUGAGAAGGGCAGAAUAUAAAUACUGUAAAUAAAUAAAUAAAUAUCUCCAAAGGGACUUGGAGUGGCUAACAAAAUACAGCAAAGUGCCACAUACAGACAGUACAUAAAUCUAAAACGAUAAAACCAUAGAAUUACAUUAAAAUUCAUAAAAUGCAGUCAUAGCUGCAGAUAAGAACAAGUUGUUUCAACUGACUUAUAGCUCAAACUUAUAAUAAGUUGCAAUAACUGAAUUGGUCACUUGGUGGCAGCAGAGAUCAUUUGCUGUAUUUUUAAUGACAUAAUAGUAACUUCACUAGGAACUCACUUGUAACGAGUAAUUAAGUAAGUUCUUAGGUUCAUGACUAUGAUGUUUAUGACUUGUGGAGUAAUUAAGGUAAAGUAAUUAGUUUCUUUAAAAAGUAACAUUCCAAGCUUUAAAUGAAAGAGUACCAAAUUCGUAGCUAGGUAAUUAGCUCUGCCUUUACUAGACGCAAUUUCCAAAUACUGACAGCAUGGAAAAUGCACAACAACCCAAUCUCCAAAUACUAUUAUAGCAACAGACUUUUAUCAGGCACAGAAUAGAACUAUAGAGAAACCCUAACCCAGUAUUUUAAACAAAAUUCUCAUGUACCAUAGCUGUAGCCAAAAUGAAUAACAAGAGUCCACUAUAUGGCAAAGGUUGAUUGAAACACUAGCUGCCAUUAGAGCUAUAUUUUCUUCCUUUUGCCCACAUGCCAGCUUUGUUCAUACAAGUCCUUCCUAUUAAUCCAACCACCAAGAGAGAAUGUCCGGGACUAUAUUUCUUUAACAGAGAUCAAAGGGAGGAUGGGGCUUUUGUUCUAGAACAUUUCUUCCAGGUUCAGAAUGUCUGUUGAGCCAGGCAGUUGGAGAGGAGAAAGUUGGUACAAUAGAAAGCUUCCUUCCCGUUGGAAGCAAAUUUAAUGGAAGAAAGAAAGACUGAGGUCGGGACAAUGAAAAGCUUCCUUCCAGAUCCGGAUGGAAGUGAACUAAAGGAGGAACAGAGUUAAGAGAGCAAAUCUUUAAUAAGUGAGGAAUCGCCUGUAAUAAAGAUGGCAGAGCAAGAAACAAGUUCAAAGAGACAGCUGGAGGACACCGAUGAACCAUGGUAUCAAACCGGUAGCGUGGCAGCGCCGGAACAUUAUCUGCGCCCUCCCGACUUCGACCAAGAUGAUGGCCAAAGGACCUUUUGCCAGAAAUAUUCCCCAAGCUUAAAAAAUAUGAUUCCCUUACGCCCUCGAGCAAGAUCUUCUGCAAAUCCAGUGGACGAUGCCGGGCUCAUCUCAUUUGCGACGUUUUCUUGGCUCUCGUCCCUAAUGCUCAGAGGAUACAGGAAAAGCAUUGACGUUGCCAGCUUGCCUCCGUUGUCCGAUCAUGAUAGUUCAGAACCAAACGCCAGAAGAUUUCGACUCCUUUGGGAAGCAGAAUUGGCCAAAGUAGGCCCCGAGAAGGCUUCUUUAGUCAGAGUGGUAUUAAGAUUUCAGAGGACUAGAAUAUUGGUGGAUGUCAUAGCAAAUAUCGCUUGCAUGAUUUUUGGUGCUUUGGGACCGACGGUGCUCAUUUACAACAUCCUCCAGUACAGUGAAAGUGGCUCCCGGGACCUGGUCAGAGGGAUCGGCCUCUGCGUAGCACUAUUUCUGACCGAGCUUUUCAAAGUGCUGUUUUGGGCCUUGGCGUGGGCAGUCAACUACCGCACCGCCAUCAGAUUAAAAGUGGCCGUUUCUACGGUUGCCUUUGAGAAACUGCUGGCAUUUAAAUCUAUGUCGCACAUCUCAUUUGGUGAAGUGAUCAAUCUAUUAGCCAACGAUGGCUAUCGGAUGUUCGAAGCGGCGUUGUUUUGUCCCCUGCCAAUUGCCGUGCCUCUGCUGAUGCUGGCCUGCUCAGUCUAUUCUUGCAUCAUUCUUGGUCCCACGGCACUCAUAGGAACAUUGGUGUAUAUUGUGUGCAUACCCAUACAGAUGUCUAUGGCCAAGCUUACCUCUGUAUUCCGAAGAGCUGCCAUUCUGGUGACGGAUAAACGCGUGCGAAUAAUGAAUGAGAUUUUGACAUGCAUUAAGCUGAUCAAAAUGUAUGCUUGGGAGAAGUCUUUUGCAAAAGCUGUCAGAGGCAUUAGGAGAGCAGAGACGAAAUUACUGGAAAAAGCAGGCUACGUUCAAAGUGUGAACUCUGCCCUGACCCCAAUCGUGUCCACCUUAUCUAUCGUCAUGACAUUUUUCAUCCAUACUCUUUUAAACCUGGAACUCACCGCUUCUGUUGCCUUCAGUGUGAUUGCGAUGUUUAACGUAAUGAAGUUUGUCAUUGCCAUUUUGCCAUUCUCGGUGAAAGCUGCAGCGGAAGCAGCUGUUUCUUUGAAAAGAUUGAAGAAAAUUUUGGUUAUUCAGAUUCCUCCAGCAUACGUGAUCCCUUUGAAGGGUUCCGCAAAUGCCGUGGUCCUGGAAGGUGCCACGUUGUAUUGGGGAAGUUCUUCCAGAGAAUGCAGCACUAAAGGGGUCAAGGGGACAACCCGGAGUGUCACUUCUGCCAAUGAAUGCACUGCCAAAAAGAGCAAGGAGACCACCCUGAAUGGGAAACGCAUCUGCAAAGAUGAAGCCGUGUCAAAACCAGCCAUUUCUCUCUCUCAGAUAACAAUUGCUGGGAAGGAGAACAAUGGUUCCUUUGCUUUGCGCAACCUAAAUUUUACAGUACCAAAAGGCAAAAUCUUGGGGAUUUGUGGAAACGUUGGAAGUGGAAAAAGCUCGGUCAUCACAGCAAUAUUGGGGCAGAUGUAUCUACAAAAGGGAACCGUUGCUGUGAACGGUUCAUUGGCUUAUGUGUCACAGCAGGCAUGGAUAUUUCAUGGGACUGUCAGAGAAAAUAUACUUUUUGGACAACCUUACAAUGAACAAAGGUACAAUUAUGCCAUCAAAGUCUGCUGCCUGAAGUCAGAUAUGGACAUUCUUCCUUACGCAGAUAUGACUGAAAUAGGGGAAAGGGGCCUCAACCUCUCGGGUGGCCAGAAGCAGCGAAUCAGCUUAGCUCGGGCUGUGUAUGCCAACAGAGAUAUUUAUUUAUUGGACGAUCCGUUGUCGGCGGUGGAUGCACACGUUGGGAAGCAUAUUUUUGAACAAUGUAUUAAAGUAGCCCUUCAAGGAAAAACUAUACUUCUUGUGACCCAUCAGCUUCAGUAUUUGGAAUUUUGUGACGACAUCAUAUUGCUAGAAGAUGGGGAAAUAUGUGAGAGCGGCUGCCACACAGAACUGAUGGAAGCGAAAGGGCGCUAUGCUCAUCUCAUCCAAAAUCUGCACGCAGAAGAAACAACGGGUCCAAGCAAUUUCCUUGAUUCACGUAUGAUUCCUGCAGUGUCAGGAACAGCAGAAGAAGUGCAGGACAAAGGAGUGGAAAACCCUGCUUUCGAUAUGUCUGAUGAGACCAGCGAGGAACCAAAGAAAGAACUUGAAGUGAAAAAAGAUGCAGCUCCUGCAAACCAGCUUGUUCAAGAAGAAGGACGGCAAGAAGGCUCCGUAACGUGGAAAACCUACCACACGUAUAUCAAGGCCUCUGGAGGUUUCAUCCUGUGGUUCUUCCUCAUCCUCCUCUUUGCCCUCAUGAUUGGCUGUUCAGCCUUCAGCAACUGGUGGCUGAGUUACUGGCUGGAGCAUGGAUCUGGGGAUUGUCGCGCUGUGCAAAACACCACCUGCCGCGAGGGAAGCAUCACUGAUAACCCUCAACUGCACUUCUAUCAACUAGUCUAUGGGAUGAGCAUCAUCGGCAUGAUUAUCCUCAGCUUCAUCAAAGGUUUUGCUUUUACCAAGACAACGCUACGAGCUUCAUCGACGCUACACAACACUGUCUUUUACAAGAUCUUACAGAGUCCUAUGAGUUUCUUCGACACGACUCCCACUGGCAGAGUAAUGAACCGUUUUUCAAAGGAUAUGGACGAAUUGGAUGUGAGGCUUCCGUUUAAUGCUGAGAAUUUUCUGCAGCAGUUUUUCAUGGUGGUCUCGGUUGUCACCAUCAUUGCCAUUGUGUUUCCUUACCUCCUUAUUGCGGUGGCUGUCCUCACUGUUAUUUUCAUCCUGCUUUUCCAGAUUUUUCAGAACACUAUCCGAGAACUGAAACGAGUGGAAAACACCAGCAGGUCCCCGUGGUUUUCUCUGAUAACCUCAUCUGUCCAAGGCCUUAGUACAAUCCAUGCCUACAAUAAGAUGGGAGACUAUUUGAGUCGCUUUAAGAUGUUGAAUGAUGAAAACGCCAGCCAUUUCAUACUGUUUAACUGUGCCUUAAGGUGGUUUGCGGUGAGGACAGAUAUCCUUAUGAAUGCCAUGACUUUGAUUGUCGCCCUCUUUGUUGUGCUCAGCCCGCCUUCCAUCAGUGCGGCUGAAAAAGGCUUGGCGUUAUCUUAUAUUAUCCAGCUAAGUGGACUUCUCCAAGUAUGUGUGAGAACAGGAACGGAGACAGAAGCCAAAUUUACUUCUGUGGAGCAGAUCACAGAAUAUAUAACGAAAUGUGUUCCUGAGGUCAAAGAGGGCACUAUGGUCAUUGUCCCUCCUCCAGAAUGGCCCAACAAAGGUGAAAUCGUGUUUAAGGACUACCAGAUGAGAUACAGAGAGAACAGCCCCAUUGUGCUUCAUGGCAUAAAUGUGACAAUCCGUGGCAAACAAAAGAUUGGGAUUGUUGGCCGCACCGGCUCUGGCAAAUCAUCUUUGGGGUCUGCCCUAUUCCGACUGGUGGAACCAACUGCUGGUACCAUUUUCAUUGAUGGUGUGGAUAUCUGCACUAUCAGCCUGGAAUCGCUGCGGACGAAGCUGUCGGUGAUUCCUCAAGAUCCUGUUCUGUUUGUAGGUACAGUAAGGUACAACAUGGAUCCUUUUAAUGAACACACAGAUGAUCAGAUCUGGAAAGCUCUGCAAAGAACUUUUAUGAAAGGCACAGUCUCAAAGCUGCCGGGAAAGCUGGAAGCAAAGGUUGUCGAAAAUGGAGAAAACUUCUCUGUCGGGGAACGGCAGCUCCUCUGCAUGGCAAGAGCACUCCUUCGAAAUUCAAAAAUUAUAAUUCUCGAUGAAGCUACCGCCUCCAUCGAUUCUGAGACAGACACGCAGAUUCAGCAGACCAUCCAGGAGGCUUUCGUGGACUGUACAGUCCUGACCAUUGCGCAUCGGAUAAACACCAUCCAGGACUGUGACCGUGUUUUGGUGAUGGACAAUGGAAAGGUGGCAGAGUUUGGCAAACCGGAGGAGCUUGUUCAGAAUCCUAAUUCAGCCUUUGCAUUGCUCUUAGCCGCGGCGAACAAAGUCGGAGCUUAGGAUAGGAUACAUAUUUAUUGGCGCUUGCAUUUGUGGCUUUGGGGAAAUGAAGGCUUGAGAUGGAUGAAAAGGAGACGAAGAAAAAAAAGAAACUUGCUAAUAUCUAAAUCAUCAAAUCCCAUUUGCGAAGAAGCGUUGUAAGCUUUCCAAAGGCCACGUCUGCCGGGAAAGUCAGAAGUUUAAUAUAACGCUGGCAAUUAAAGAUGAAGAACUGAAAUGAAGGAAACCAGAACUCAUGCCAAUAUAUGUGGCAAUAGACUCUUCAAAACAGGGAGGAAAUAAAUCAUCACCAAAUUUAUGACUUGACAUGAUGAUUUUAGCAAGCAAAUUUGAGAAAAAGUUGCCGUUUGUGUUUCAGAUCCUUUCUCAUCCCAGAAAAGCUAAAAAUUGCUUAUUCAGACACAAAUACAGAGAAAUGAUGUCAACAUCAACAAUGCAUCACUGUAACAGCUCCCAAUUCAGUGAGAAUUAGACAUGAAUAAAUCCCAACAAAAAAGAAUGGAAUGAAUUAGAUGCGAUUCCCUGACAUUUCUCGGAGUAGUAUUAAAAAUACUAGAUGGCUCUAGGGGAAAAAAACAACAAUUUGGCAGCCGUUUCAUAUUCAAUUAGGCUGUCUAAUCCCACUGACAUCGGUGGGAUUUAAGGAGUUUAACUGGAUGUAGGAUCAGCUUUUGUCUUUAACCUGCAAUUGGUGCAUGCAAUUGGCAUAUGCCACAAUGUUUCAGCAAAGGAACAGGCACUUCAGGACCAGAAAAUCCCUUGGAUGACAACUAAAGCUUGACAUUCCCUUUGGAAAUGAGAUGGGGAAAAAUACUUCUGUUUGUCUGGAUUGUACCCAAUCAUUUUGUAUAUCCCAUGCAAUCUGUUCUCCCAUGUGAUCUCAUUGUCUCUGUAUGUCAGAAAAAGAAAGAAAUCAGAAACUCCAACGGAGAAAACAUAGCAAGUUAUUUUGAUCUGUUUGUGGUUUGUCAUCAAAAUAAAAAAUAAAGACUAUUGCCCAUUGGA